AUGAGACAGAAAAACAAGGAGAUAGAAGAUGUGGGAAAUGAUAUUUUCCAGAUUUUGGUAAGUAAUUCGUUGUUACAAGAUGUUAAAAGGGAUGAGUAUGGUUACAUCGAUAGUUGUAGUAUGCAUGAUCUGGUGCAUGAUCUUGCUUUAUCACUUUCCAAACAUGAAAACUUAUGUCGGGUGACUCCGAAAAACAAUGAUAUUAUACGUAUUCCUCAGAUAGACGAUUCAAUUGGAGAGUUAGUGCAUCUCCAAUAUCUUGAUUUCUCAAAGAAGAUGCUCGGGCUUUUGAAACACCUUAGUAGAAGGCUUUGUAUUUUCAAUUUAAAAGAAAUUAGCAACAAAGAAGAUGCUCUCAAGAAGUUAUCCAGUUCUGAAUGCCCAAAGAUCGUUCUCUUUGACGAAUAUCAUCCUUACCCUCUCAUUUCCAUAAGAGAUACGAACAUGUGA